UGAAUAAAACGCCAAAUAUCGUGCCAGCCUUUCGGGUUGCUAUGUCUUCUACAAUUCCAGAUAUUCUUUCGAACGGGAGUAUUUCAUCUUCCAUCUCAUUCAAAUCCCGCUCAGUUCCCAAGGGCGACCAUUCUAUUCGGUCUACUCGAAAACAUCGAGCCCUCUCGUGGGGAGAUAUGUCCCCAGGUGCAACCUGGGACAUGACGGUAUCUCUGAGCAAGUUGACUAGAGAUAUGGUGGAUGUUCCAAUCAUCGAUAUAGAACAAUGGGUACGCCGGCCGGUUGAAGAGCGCAAGCGGGAGACAGAGCAAAAGAAGAAAAUUGGACGACCUCUGAACUCCUUCAUGCUGUACCGAUUGGCUUAUACAAACCGCAUCAAAAUGUGCUCGCGCCGACGUAGCCCGCAAGUCGUAUCCUCGAUUGCAGGAAAGAGUUGGCAUAAGGAACCACAGAACGUCCGGGACAAAUACCGGAGACUAGCUCAGAUUGAGCGCGACGGUCAUGCCUUAGCAUAUCCAGACUACAAACUCAAACUACCGUCGCGAAAACGGCCAUGUGUGGCCGAGUCUACAGCAGAUAUUGAGAGCUAUGGGCUGUCCGAAAAUAACGUCUAUGAACGUUCUCCCAUUCAUGGUUUUCAUAUUGCUACACCAAGCCCUAUCAAUAAUCCCUCUUCGGGAUUGUACGCUGAAGGCACGCAAGGUAGCCCUGUCGCUGAUAUGGAGGGGUUUCAAGGAAGCAAUUCUUGUGGCUUGUUCGGGAUCCCUUGUGCCGCGCAUUACGGUUUGAUGUGCCUUGAAACGAUCGACCUCUUACCCAGUAUCUUCGCCGAUGGUAACAAUGUAUACCCUCAGCGGCAGUCACGUCUAUGA